GGGACCGCAGUCCCAUCACCUGCCGGAAGCGCCGACGACGUGAGGGAUCGACAUCACUUGGCAAAGGUGCCCAGCAGCACAGCGUCAGCCAGCCACGCACCACAGCAUCUCAUGCGUUUAACUGCACCCUUUCGCGCGUCGUAAGUCACGUGAAACCCCUUUUUGUCGUUCAACUUGCCAUUCGGAUACCGAGUUAAAACGGCGUAUCCGGAAUGAUCCAUCAACACGGGAAAGUGGGCGGCCACUCCGCAACCCGCCACGCCGACGAAGCAUGCAGGCCGCGCUACGAGCCAUGGCGCGCCGCGUCCAGCACAUCCCGGACAAGCAUCAGUUCACGUGCGAGGCGCAGUCGUCGACGAGCCACAUGUCGACGCUGCUCGGCUUCCUCGAGUACAGCAUCGAGGGCGACGUCAUGGACAUUCGCCGGACGUACGUGUUGCCCGACGGGCGCGGCAACGGUGUCGCCAAGGCCCUCUGCGACGAAGCCUUUCGAUUUGCCGCGGCGCGCAACCUCUCGGUGCAGCCGUCGUGCGCCUACAUUGCCACGCGGUACGCCAAGCAGCAGCAGCAGCAGCAGGAGCGGCUACACCACGCGCAGCAGUAGCUCUCGUGCAUGUCCUAGUCGUCGUCUUUUCUCAUUAUCAGUAUACACCGUGUCUUUGUUCUCCUA